CUAUUGAUAUCCAGGUUAGGUAUUACUUAAGCAAGUCGUCUAUGGCGGAUUAACCCACGUUUAUUGACCCCCUCCCUCCCUCUGCCAGUGCCCGCCCGUUGGGCUACUACUGCCCCUCGCUGCCCUUUAUCUACAGCCCCGCGCUGGAUUCGUUGCAGGGCGUGCUGACGAGAUCCAUACGAUUCGGGCAACUGUUAGUAAUUAGCCCCGCAGGAGACUACCGACGGUAUCAUCUCUAUUCACGAGGCCAAGCAUCUGCUUUUUGCUUGGCACUUGAGUGCUUUUCCUUGCGGCAUGGCCAAGCCUGGCUCUAGCCAGCCCCUUCGCCGUAAGCGCAGCAAGAGACGCUCUCCACAGCCCUCCCACUCCUCUACGCUCUCCCCCUCGCCGUCCGCCCUAUCCGUCCUCGCAUCCAUCCUCGCCUCCUCCCACGCAGCUCUUGCCAGCCCCCUUCCUCUCGAGUCGCCCCCCGCUUUCCUAUGCCCCGUCCUCGCUCGUGACGGUAUCACCCCUUCGCCAACCACUUCCCACAAGCCAAAGGCCAAGCCCACCUCCUCCGCUUCCAAGCCCAGAUCUACUCCGGCCCCGUCCGCGUCGUCAUCGCGGACCUCAGGACAAAUAGCUGAUAGAUACGUUCAGGGGGACGACGCCCUCUGGCGGAAGACCGACCAGUGGACGUUGUACGGCAAGACCAGUCUGGACGACGAUGCGCUGUCACCAGAGAGCACGACGGCAUCCUCGUCAUCCAAGACCUCAGAUGUCGCCGUGCUCGACGUUUCCAAUCUUCCUGCGGGUUGGACCGACUCCUCAAGUUCGCAGUCCGCCAGCGAUACAAAAACUUACCUCAUUCUCUCCCUUUCCAUCUGUUUAGCGGUUGCAAUACUUUCCAUGAUGAUAGGUUGCAUGUUCUGGCGGAAAAAGCGACGGCGAUGGAGGGAAAGGCAAAGAAAAGAGGACGUCGAACUCGAGAGGAUUCGAAGCCGCAGUGCGGAUAGUGUUUCCGAGGACGGAGAGCGCACGCGAGAAGCCAUGGGACGGAUGCGUUCCUGGGCGAAAGCUACCGCACGAUGGAAGGCCAGCAUCAGACAAUCUGCUCGUCGUCGUCGCAAUCGUCGUCACUUUAACAAGGCUAACCGUUCAUGUUCGCCGUCCCUCCAAGACGUCCGUGAUUCACUAUCAAUGUCACAACAUUCCCCAUUCUCCUCGCCACGCUCUUCGACUUCUCAUCUCAGCCAGGAACCAUCCGAAAUCUCACAUCUGGAAGCGAGCGAAUCCAAUUCGUCAAUAUCGAACUUUUCGCAACUAUCCAUCCUCUCACCUCCUGCUUACAAUCCGCCCAGAUCCCCUGAAAACAGCCCGGAACCUAGGCGACAAAUGUCCCCUCACCUCAACCUCGACCAGGACUAUCCACCGGUAAACGAUCAUAUACCCUAUGAACCUGGCCUUGUAGGUCAUGUGUCGACGGACGAUAAAGCUCACCUUGCCCGCCUGGAUAAUUUAGCCAGUGCUCCGCCGGGUGACAACUCUUGUGGGGACAUUGUGCCAUCGGGCUCAGCGCCACAAUGGCCUGACGACGUCGAUGAGCCUGCUGACAACGGCCUAUUCCUCGUUGCCGCUCCACCAGCCUUCUCCCCUUUGCCACCUCCGCCUGAGAAGAUCAAGUAUAUGGACCUUGACUAUGAGGCUCAUGCACAGCUGGAAACACUGGGUCAGUCUAGUGAACCUGCUGCGUAUCGCUCUAGUCCGCCGGGCAGUUUCUCGCAAAGCACUACCAUGUUUGAGCCUUCUGCCCCAUCGUUUGAAGAAGAACUUUCACCCUUCGAAGGGAGGGAUGCUUCAGCUCCUGAAUGGCCUCCAACAGAUCCCUUUGACCCAAAUCACCCAUAUCCCUCCGCCGACGAUUUCCAGCGUGAAGCUCGCGUACCCUCACCCUCACAUUCUUUGUCGCGCAGUUCACUCUCAUCUUUUAAUAUU